UUUAAUUUAAUUAAGGAUCAACGAUCAGAUUCUUUUCAUGCUCUUACCUGAAAACAAUCGUCGAAGCAUUUCUUUUCUUGAAUCAAUUAGACUAUUUCUGCUGUCUGCUCCCUUCCUGCUUUCAUUGGUCUUUCGUCCCUAAAUAAUCUGCAGUUGCGACUAUUCUGCCACGUGGCAAGUCUUUGUAAGAGAACCUGCUAGCAUUCCCGCGCUGGCAGAGAACGAAAGGAUCAUCACUGCACUCUGUGUUUAACGAUGGUGUUUUGACGUCAACGGACAUUCGUUUUUAAAUAUAUUUAUGUUCGAUGCUCACAAGCUCAGACAGACUCCAAAAACUGGGUCUAAGUGAGGGGAUUAGCAGUGGGCUGAUCGCCAAUAACUCGCAAAAAUUUCACUCCCGAGGGAGAUAUAUCUCUUUGUUCACCCGAUUCUAAUUUUUCCUCGUUUGAAAAUUGGCCAAUUCUCUUUCUUCACGUUGUGGUGUAUCUGCAGUCCAGGAGUUCAAAUGGAUAUCCAAGAAACCAAGAGCUACAAUUGCAAAGUCAACGUCACUCUUCGUUCAACUAUACCAGUCGUGGGCUGCGAAAUUAAUCCGUCGGUGUCGGUCACAUCGAAAGGGCCAUUUCCAGUACCAUUUCACUCCUAUUCUGUCAAUUUUAAAUGGUAUAAAGAAGCAGAGAUCUGCUCCAUACAUAAUGAUAAGUUGGCUACUGUUCAAUGCGUAUCUUGUGUUAAAUUGAACAUCCCAGGGAAAGAGAGUUACCAUUGCUCAACAAAAUGCUUCCUGAAUUCAUGGCAAGCACACCAGCAGCGCCAUCAUCUCGAAACUGAAAGGAGGACUUUAACUGAUGAUGCACAAACGAUAAGAAAACUUAGAAGUAGUGGCUCUUGGCCAGAGCUUUGUAGUGAAUGUUUAAUUGAUGAGGCAGCAAUGAUGGAUGGAGGAGGAAAAGAUUGGUUUUUGGUUAGUUGUUCAAGAAGUUAUGUACCUGAAGUGGAUGAUCUCGGACUAAUCUUGAAGCUAGAUUGUGUAGCUGUUGACCUUUUAACAAAUACUGCUUUGUCCGAACUAAAUCAAACAAUGACUGACCCUGUGAUUGAAUUUCCUGAGGCUCAGCCUCGCCCUAUGGUUCCAACUCCACGUGUGCAAGAAUCUUCAAGUUUGUGUUCCACAUCCCUAAACGAUUUUACUUUUAGCAUUCUCUCAUAUAACAUCCUGUCUGACAUUUACACUUACCAAAAGUAUUACAACUGCCCCCCAUGGGCUCUUGUAUGGGAAUACCGUCGUCACAAUUUGCUCCGUGAAAUCAUUAAAUAUAAUGCAGACAUCAUUUGUCUUCAAGAGGUACAGAGUGAUCAUUUUGAAAAUUUCUUUAAACCUAAGUUGACUGAAGAAGGAUACAUGGCUAUAUACAAGAAAAAAAACAAUGAGGUUUACACUGGGAAUCAAUUUGUAACUGAUGGGUGUGCAACUUUUUACCGGAGGCAUCUCUUUAAAGAAUUUGCAAAACAUGAGGUUGAAUUUAAUAAGAAAACAUCACCUGUAGUUGAAGCACUGGAACCUGAUCUAAGGAGUGAAGCUAGCAAACAUCUCAUGAAGGACAAUGUUGCACUUGUUGUCAUUUUGGAAACCUUGGGAAAUUGCUGCAUUAAAGAUGCCAUCCAAUCUAGAAUUUGUGUGGUAAAUGCACAUAUAUGUUCAGAUCCAAAACUCCCUGAUGUAAAAUUAUUUCAGGUUGUAACCCUAGUCAAUGAGCUAGAGAAAAUGCUGCAAUCAGAAAUACCUCUAUUAAUAUGUGGAGAUUUCAACUCUGUUCCCCAAAGUGAUCCCUACACUUUUAUGGUUACUGGCAAACUAGAACAUAGUGAAAGUGUCGAUCCAUAUGGUGUAUAUCAGCAUCUUAAGCUUGUUCAUCGUUUUUUACUCGUAAGCCUCAUGUUUUUACUCACUGUAGUUGUGAUGGUUUCAAUGUAUCUCUGGACUCUUCUUUACGAAGUCAAGUUUUAUGCUUUACAGGCAAGUGCAUAUGCAAGUUUUGGUUUAGCAGUUGCAAUGCAAGAAAGACAGUUAGGGAAGUUUAACCAAGAAACCAGGGAGCCUGAAUUAACCUUCCGCUCAAAACGAUUCUCAAAAACCUUAGAUUAUAUUUUUUAUACAGUGAACACUUUGGAGGUUGAAGCUGUGCUGGAACUUCUGGAUCACGAAGAUGUCGCUGCUGGCCUUCCCUCACCCCUUUGGUCGUCAGACCAUAUCGCUCUCAUGUCAAGUUUCAGAAUCCUACCCAAAAAACAGUCCUGCAACUAGAAGCGUGCAAGCAGGCUCUGAAUAGCAAUUGGCUUGAAGUUGUUGAAAGUAUUUCAAAAAUUAUUAGCAUCAUGUUGUCUAUAUUAUACGGAUCAUUAUGGUUUGACAUCUUAAGUUCUUAUCAAUAUAUAUACACACAUUAUAAAAAUAAAAUCAAUGUAUAC